UUUAUGUAGCUAUAGGUGUGGCUUAAACAGUCAUAUUGAAAGUGAAAGCAGCUCAGCUUUACACAAAGCCUGUCCUUCAUGCUUCGUUCGGUUGCAUUUUACUCUCCUUGUCCAUUUGAAGAGAAUUUACACCAUAAAUCAUGUCUUCAGUGAAGGUUAUGCUUGUAGUUUCUCUCUUCAUCCCUGCUGUGAGACCCGGUUCAGGUUUGUUUGAAUUGGAAUGCCUACCUGCAGUUGGAAUUCUUGCUCAGACCACAGUUAUCAGAUGUUUUUUCAAAGGCAUCAAAGAUAUUCAGAUACUUGGAGUUUAUUUAACAAAAGCUGAAGAGAAAGAGCCAUUUUUUCAUCAAGACGGUUCAGAAAGAUCAGGAGAUCCACGGUUUAGUGUUGAAAAUUUAGAAGUGGGUCCAUCUCUGCAAAUCUCUGACACAACGUUUUCUGAUGAGGGCAAAUAUCGUUACCGUGUUGUAACGGACUGUGGUGUUAAAGAAAUACAACUUAGCAUCAGUGUCACAGCAAAGUACAAGGAUCCUGUCACAAGCAUAUGGCCUGAAAAUGUAAUCGAUGGAGGAUCUGCCAGCCUUUACUGCAAUGCUACUGAUGGAUACCCAGAAGGCUUCAUCCAUUGGUUUGACCGUUAUGAAACCAACUGGACCGUAAAUUCAGAGAUGACAAAAGUCCCCAAGAACAUCAACGGUGUAAAAUCUGUGGCUUUGUCUAGCAAACUGACUUUCAAGACUAUCAACUUGGGCCUGGAACCAUUUAGAUGCAUCGUCUUUAAUAGCAAAUAUGUAAAAGAUGGAGAAAACACCCUGGGGAUCAUAUCUGCUAUAAGUGAUGUUAAUAAGAAGAGUUCUUCUGGAUCUAAUACAACAAACAUUGUCGCUGGUGUGAUGGUCAUUGGAUCGCUUAUUGCCGGCCUGCUGUUUGCUCUGUUGUGUUUCAGAAAAAGAAAGGAUAAGGAUACCUUUAACAUUCAUUCUAAUGGGAUGGAUGGUCCUCUGUAAUGAUCUGGAAAAUGAUGACAGCAGCUUCAGGAGAUGAAAUUGAAACUAUAAACCCUGAUUUUCAUACUGAGGUCAGUGCAGCCGCCAUUUGACUGAAACAAAAGUGAAGCCAUAAGGAAAAUGGCAGCUGUUUCAGGAACAAUCAGUAAGCUUCUCUUUACAUUUACAAUCAAAUGUGGGUUUAGAGAUCAUGUACACUUAUAACUAUCAAAUGUAUAACUACAUCAGUGUAAACACAGAGUUUUAUUAAAGAGGUUCUUGGAGGUUUGCUGAAAAUUGUAGGAAAGAGUUUGCAAAAGUGUUUUGCAAAAGUGCCUAAUGUUUUUUUUUUUUUUUUUGGACAGUCAAGGUAAAUGUAAAAUUGGUUAAAUAUGUUAUUGAUGUUAUAACAGUAACCAGCUUAUACAAACAAUAACAAGCAAUGUUAUUACUGUUUCAUUUUUGUUCUGCUUUCUUUAACCUGGUCAAAAAUCAUUAUUCAAGCUUAUUUUAAAUGAACAAAUUUAACAAAACGACAGCUGUAAUUUUCAGCAAUAGGAAUAAUACCCAAAUCUAAAUCUACUUUUGUAAAACUGUUUUGUAUCCAUCUAGGAAGUUUCUCUUCACUACUGCCACUUUUGGCUUUACUCACUGAGGUUUUUUUUUUGGUAAUAUUUUUUGUAAAGCAUCUUAGUAACAAUAUUCAUGCUUAUUCAGUAAGCGUUAUACAAAUAUAUUUGAAUUAAAAAUUUAGUUUCUCAGCUUUAUACGUCAAACAUACAUAAUGUUAAUGCAAAUAAUAAUAAUAAUUCACAUAAAAUUUUAUGUAAUUGUGUCUGUACUGCUGCCAUUGUAUCACUGGUCACUUACGCUUCACAUCAAUGAUAAUUCAACUUUCAUUUUCAGAUUCUGUUCAUUUAAAAGUGAAGUGCAUGAUGCAUGAUUUGUAAUGCGGAGAUUUGUCAGCAAGUACAGAAACUGUGAAUAAAGCUGUGUACCAAUAAGAGGAGUAGUUUCUGUAAAUACAAGGAAUGCUGUGGUUUUGAAGUAGGAGGGGUCAGAAUUAAGGAUGUGUGUGUUUUCUCUCUUGAUUUGGAAUAAAAACUAUGAAAGAUAUGCCUGUUUGUAAAAUGUAGCUUGCAGAGAAACCUUGAAUCUUUAAGAACUUUUGUAUUUCUUGUUUUAUUUUUAACUGUACUCUAAUAAAAGUAAUAAAAAUUG